AUGGCCGGGCAGAAGGGAACCAAGCAGCCGUUUUGGCUGGGCGGAGCCGCAGCCUCCAUGGCCGUGUGCUUCACACAUCCCCUGGAUCUUACAAAAUACCGGAUGCAGGUCCUUCAGACGCGCGCCCCCAUGUUAUCAACCCUCUACAAGUUUGCCCUCCGCGACGGACUCCUCUCCCUCUGGUCCGGUCUCUCGGCGUCCAUCCUCCGCCAGUCCACCUACUCGACCGCCCGCUUCGGGCUGUACAACCUUCUUUCUCGGCAGAUGCAGCAGAAGUCAGAAACUUCGAAGCUGUCCACCGCGUCCACCAUCGCAUGUGCUGGGGUUGCGGGGGGCUUGGCGGGCAUGAUCGGGAACCCAACAGAGGUCAUCCUUGUUCGCAUGUGCGCCGAUGCCGCCAAGCCGAUUCCCGAACGCUUUGGAUACUCCGACGCGGUGACCGGCUUGUACCGCAUCGGAAAAGAGGAGGGUAUCAGGGUGUUUGGGAGGGGGUUGUCUGCGAACGUUGUUAGGAGCGUGCUCAUGAAUGUCUCUCAGAUCGCGCCAUAUGCCGCAGCGAAACGAACCAUCCUCUCGAGGACCAAUCUUCGAGACGACAUCCGGACGCAUGCGCUUGCCUCGUUGUUCGCUGGGACGGUAGCCACGACCGCGUGUGCCCCCGCCGAUGUGUUGAAGAGCCGGAUACAGAAUGCCGCAAAGGGGUCCACUGUGAUGCAAGUGGUAAAAGAAGGCCUGAGUCGGGAGGGCCCGAUGUUCUUGAUGAAAGGAUGGACGCCUGCAUGGCUGAGGUUGACGUAA